GAGAAAACACGGCGUUUCUUGGCCGUGCCUUUUGUUUUUCAGGUCGCCGAGGCUGAUCGGAUCCAUUCGACGUCUCUCUCUUCCUCCAAGAAAGAAGGGAUGAGAGGUGAAGCAAGUGACCUUUGCUUCGAUUGCCUCGAUCAACGUAUCAACUCUGACUUCUCCGACCAGAUCGUCUUCGCUUACGGUGUCUCCGAUUCGCCGCUACCUUUUGGAUCUUCCGCCGUCGUUAAGGUUUCUGACUCUAGCGAGGAAUUUUCUGCUUCUUCUUCUUGUGAAUCCACUUCGUCUCAGUUCAUUUUGGAGUAUCUCCGGAAAGAAGAACAUGGUUGCUUAGCUAACUACGUCGAUAGAUGUGUUGUUGGGAAUCGAGAGGGUGGGAAUUCAAACGAUGCUGUUGAAUCUGAUGAGUAUUUGGAUUGUUCAUCCAGUGGCUCUCAGGUUAUUGAAGAUGAUGAUGACACAGAGAACAUUACUUGUGGAAGUGUUACUUGCAAGCAUUCAGGUAGUUUUUCAUGUUGGAGAACUAUAGCUGCACUUUUACCAAUUGCUCAGAUUAGCAAAUGUUCUGCAUCUGAACUUCAAAAGCUUGCUUUUAGUUUCCUUUAUGAUUGUCCAGAAGAUCAAAUUUUAGCCUCUUUACAUCGCCUGAUUGAUGGAAAGUCAUCUGGACAAGCAACCCAUAGUUUCCUUCGUCUUCUUGGGUUACCGUUGUCAGAGGAGAAAAGAAAGCUUCAAUGUUUUAGGCAUCCAAAUCUAUCACCGGUCUUAGGACUUCUGACAUCAUCUGAUUGUUUGGUCUCAGUGCUCCCCAAAGCCCCGUAUACAUUGGAAAAUAUUCUUCACUACAGCCCCUGUGCUAUAAAGUCAGAAUGGCAUAGGAAUUUUAUGAUAUAUCAGCUAUUGUCUGGGUUAGCUCACUUGCAUGGGUUGAGGGUUUCGCAUGGGAACAUUUGUCCGUCAAGCAUAUUGUUGUCUGAUUCAUUAUGGAGUUGGUUAAAGAUCUAUAGCAAGCCUGAUUUAGGUUCUGGAGAUGCCGAUUCAUCUGCUUCAAGAAGAAGGUGGUGUGUUGAGGAUUGUUAUUCGUAUGGCCUUUAUGCUGAUCUCAAAAUUUCUUCACAUUUGGACUGGCAGACUCACUUUGAUAAUUGGUGGAGGGGAGAACUAAGCAAUUUUGAGUAUUUACUCGUCUUAAACAAACUAGCAGGUCGGAGGUGGGGGGACCACACAUUUCAUCCGGUGAUGCCAUGGGUCAUAGAUUUCAGCAAGAAACCUGAAAAUGAUAGUAACUCAGGAUGGCGUGAUUUAAGAAAAAGCAAAUGGAGAUUGGCAAAAGGAGAUGAACAAUUAGAUUUCACUUAUUCGACAUUUGAAUUUCCGCAUCAUGUUUCAGAUGAAUGUCUGUCUGAGCUGGCUGUUUGCAGCUACAAAGCAAGGAGACUGCCACUGAGUGUCCUGCGAAAGGCAGUUCGGUCGGUGUAUGAACCUAAUGAGUAUCCCUCUGACAUGCAAAGGCUCUAUGAUUGGACCCCUGACGAGUGCAUCCCUGAGUUUUACUGCGAUCCCCGCAUCUUUUGCUCCCUUCAUCCUAGUAUGUCUGAUUUGGCUGUACCUCCAUGGGCAAACAGCCCCGAGGAGUUCAUUAGGUUUCAUCGAGAUGCCCUGGAAAGCCCCCAUGUUUCAUCUCUAAUACAUCACUGGAUUGAUAUUAUUUUUGGUUACAAAAUGUCAGGAGAGGCUGCUAUUACUGCAAAGAAUGUGAUGUUGUCUUCAUCAGAGCCCACAGUACCGAGGUCAGUUGGACGCCGUCAACUCUUUUUCCGGCCUCAUCCGGUGCGCCUUGGUUUCUCCCGCGAGAAGGAACAAAGUAGAAAUGAGCUAGAAAUGCAUACAUUUCAUGGCUUUGGUGUGGACAACAAGAGGUCCGUCAUUCUCCAAGCUGAUGAUUAUCUGGAAGAAACUGAAGAGGCAUCUGCAUUUUCUGAUCAUGCAGCACAUCUAAGUCCAAAGUAUCACCUUCAUGAAAACCUGGUUGAGUCUCCUUUGCAUGUAUCUUACAGUGAAAACACUAAAAAAGUAAAUACUAGUCUCCCUGGAACUUCAAAAAACAAAGGUUUAUCAUCAAGGAUAAGUUUGAAUUAUCUUUUGGAGCAUAUGGAGGUGAGAGACGAAGCAUCGACUGAACUUCAGGAGUUGUUACAAUGGCGGCAAGAUUUCUGCACAGGAAACUUUUCCAAGGACAUUGCAGGGGAUAUUUUUUCUAUUGGCUGUGUCCUGGCAGAACUUUAUUUGAUGAAGCCGCUAUUCAACUCAGUGUCUUUGGCUAAUUAUUUAGAAGGUGGUGACUUACCUGAAUUGAUCAAGGAACUUCCUCCUCCUACUCAGGUACUUGUCGAAGCAUGUAUUGAACAAGAUUGGAGAAGGAGGCCCUCAGCAAAGAGUCUUUUGGACUCUCCGUAUUUCUCAGCUACAGUGAGGUCAGCUCACUUGUUUGCUGCUCCACUUCACCUUUUGGCCAAAGGUCAAACACGCUUGUGUUAUGCUGCAAGUUUUGCCAAACAGGGAGUCCUGAAAGCAAUGGGAACAUUUGUGGCAGAGAUGUGUGCUGUGUACUGUUUGCCACUGGUCACAACACCUUUAUCUGACGACGAGUGUGAAUUGGCUUAUGUAGUUCUCAAGGAAUUCACAAAAUCUUUGACACCAAUGGCUGUGCAGAGACUUGUCUUGCCUUCUAUCCAGAAGAUCUUACUGACCACAGGCUACUCGCAUUUGAAAGUUUCUCUUCUUCAAGAUUCGUUUGUGAGGGAAUUAUGGAAUCAAAUUGGAAAGAGAGUAUAUCUUGAAAUGAUUCAUCCUUUAGUCAUAUCAAACUUGUAUAAUUCUCCGGACAAAAUCUCGGCUUCUGCAGCCUCUGUGCUUUUGAUUGGUUCGAGCGAAGAGCUUGGUGCCCCUGUUACAGUACACCAGACUAUACUGCCUCUGAUAAGUUACUUCGGAAAAGGAAUAUGUACUGAUGGGAUUGAUGUGCUGGUUAGAAUUGGGAGACUGUUGGGCGUGAACUUCAUUGUCAAACAGAUGCUGCCAUUACUUGAAAAUGUUGUUUGCUUCUGUAUUGAUCUUUCUUCUAUGAAAAAACCAGAGCCUGUUCAUAGUUGGUGUUCUUUAGCGCUGACUGAUUGCCUAAUCACACUCGAUGGUCUAGUUGCUCUUAUAUCAGACGAGUUGCUCAUACAUGAGCUGACAAAAGGUAGGUUGUGCCUACAUGUAAGAGUUCUUAUGCAGAAAAAUCUGGAGUUGCGGGUCCUUCAGUUUGCUGCAACUUCCCUGAUGUCAAUUUGCCAGCGGAUUGGACAAGAGAUGACUGCAUUGCAUGUUCUUCCGCAGUUAAAGGAGCUUUUUGAUGAGUUUGCUUUCUCUGAGAAAAGUGCAGAUGCAUCUGACUCUUUAAGCUGGAAGAUCAGGACUGCCGAACAAAAUUUCCAUCCAGAAUCUCCAAUCAAAAACCGUAUGGAUCUUGUGUUGCUUCUCUAUCCUUCUUUUGCGUCACUUCUUGGUAUGGAGAAAUUACGCCAGAAUUGUCCAACCUGGCUACUCCUGGAGCAAUAUCUGCUAAAGCAUCAUAACUGGAAGUGGGAAUACACAGGUCGAUCUUCUAGAUACAGUAUGGAAGCUAGGCCUGUGUUAAACAAGGGCCCUACAUCUAAGCACACUCCUAAGAUGUUGCUCAAUGGAUCUGGACGGUCGGUUCCCCAGUUGCAGGGGUUAAGAAAUUCCAAUCACUUAAAACCUCAUAUACAUGUCCCAGUUGAAGGACAAGAAGCAGUCCUAAACCCUUUGGUGCAUGAACCCUGGUCAUGGUUUCCUAGUCCAGUAGCUUGUUGGGAUGGGAUUGACAUUGGGCGUUUUGGAAACCCCAAAGAUGAGCAUCGAUGGAAAAUUAGAGCAUCUGUUUUGUCUUCUGCGCGUGCCUAUCACGGAGCUCUAAGAUCUUUAGUGGUUUCUGAAGAUGAGUGUACAGUUUUCGCUUCAGGAAUUGAUCCAGGGUUUAAGGGAAGUGUUCAGAAGUGGGAACUAGCAAGCUUAAGUUGUGUAUCUAGUUAUCAUGCACAUGAAGAGGUUGGUUCCUUGUAUUAUUAUAGCUUUCUUACGAUAAGCGCAUAAUUAUUCUCUUUUCCAUAAAAUAGGAAGUAUGCACCUAAU